CUACGACGACGAUGACCCGGCGAAUAAUGAAUUAAUAGAACGAUCGAUAUUGCACACACAGGUGUUUAUGGCGCCAUGUUACUUGGCUUUCGGUCGUCUAUUCAAGGUCCCGAUGGUAGGCAUAAUGACCACCGGCUUCCACGACUGGCUCAACGAAGUGGCCGGCAAUCCAUAUAAUCCCGCCUUCAUCCCGAGCCUAUUUUCGACAUUCGAGCAAGACAUGAACUUCAAGGAGCGACUUAUCAACUUUCUCAUGACGAAUAUGAUCUCCAUACAGAUCUAUUAUCACACGAGCUUUCAGGUGGAGUAUGUGAGGAAGUACUUUGAUAUCAAAGACACGUCCAUCAGGGAGCUGUACGAUGAUGUAUCUUUGUAUCUGGUGAACACGCAUCCCACAUUGCACGGAAUCAGGCCGUACACGCCAGCCGUAAUCAGGGUGGGCGGUUUGCACAUCAAGGAUGAUGGUGAUCCGUUUUGGUUACUUUCAUUAAUAAAGAACAAUGUCUGUGUCAUAGUGGGAUUACUUUUAGGUGUAUUUUCAGAGAAAUCGUUGCGAAUUAUUCAUUCUAAAGAGACCUGUCUGCAGGAAAUGCAGAAAUGGCUGGACGAAAGCAAGGACGGCUGCGUGUACUUCACGUUCGGCUCCAUGGUCAGGAUCGAAUCUUUCUCUAAGGAGUUGAUGGAAACAUUCUACGCGUCGUUCAAGAAGAUUGCGCCGGUCCGCGUGUUGAUGAAAAUUGCAAGGAAGGAGGAUCUGUUCCCGGGAUUGCCAGAUAACGUGAUGACACAGUCGUGGUUCCCACAAGUCGCCGUUCUCAGUACGUAAUUACGGGCUCCGUUGCACGGCCGCAGCGUCCAGCUAGAUUUUCGCUAGAUUUUCGCCCGUUUCUUAUUAAUCAUCAUUAGAACGGUCAUUUGUAUGCCGUAUGAAUUGGUGCGCUUUCAGCGCGCGCGACAUCAUUUGCAUAUAAAUCGAGCAACUUUACAAAAAAUGUCUUUCUCUUCUGCCGACUUCCCGCGCGAUGGGAAUUCCGCAAAAAUUUUAAGCUCUAUACUUGUGGUGACGCGCCCGCGUCGACGAGUUUUCAGAAAACAUGACUGCGAAUUAAGUGGAAUCAGCGUUGCAAUUUAGUCAUUCACGAGAAAACUAGCGGACGCUUAUUUGCAGUCAGAGAGAAACUUGAAUCGCUUUCACUGUGUUUGCAAGAGAAAACGAAAAAGAGAAUCAAGAAAAAUGUCUUGA